AUGGUUUCUUCUCAGGACUUCGGCGCAAAUGGUAUCAAAUAUGAAGACGACAUUCUGAUGUCGCAUGGUUCCUCAAGUGGAAGGGAAUCUGAUCAGGUAAAUGUUAUACCCUUAUGUAAAGAUGAUUUUCAAACUUAUCAGUUCCAGCGAUUCUGCAACAUUAUUCGACACAUUCCGGUUGAAAAGUUGGCGGCGAUAAAUUCGGAUGAAUCAUGCCGUCCAGCCUUAGGAAAGAGGUCCAGAAUUAUGAUCAGACGUGUGCGGCUGUUCUUCGAAGAGAUCAAGAAGUGUCUUGGAGAUUCGUGUGAAGGGACCAUCUUCAAUGAAACAGUGCAGCUGACAGCUUGGGCUUGCGGCGUCACUCCAGACAUAGUCACGAAAGUUGGGUCGCGAGACGAAUUCGUAUAUGAACUGCUGCCCCGUGCGGACCCGAAAGAGAAGUGCACCAAAGAAGAAACGCAGCAGAAAGUAUUGAUAAAGUAUGGUGCAAGAUGGGGAGAAAUUGUUAAGCAUUUUAUUGAGAACAAGUUGCCAAAAGACGGAAUGACCGCGAACGUUCUUCAUGCUGAGCUCACUCGUGCAUAUGUCGAUUUCCGAAUAUCUAGGACAACGUUGUAUUAUUUCAUUAGAGCUCUAGGUUACAAAAUGAUUAGCGAGCGAGGGAGACAUAACAUCGUCCCCGAGAGCGACAAAGCAUUGUCAGUGGGAGAACUGAGGAGACUAGCUAAGGAAAGGAAAGAACAAACAAACAAACAUGAUGUUACUUCUGAGAGUGAGGAACAUGAUAGCUUUUCUGAAAGUGAAGAAUGA